GAGCGCGCACAGGCGCGCUCGCGCUCUGCAGAAGGCCUCCUUUACUGCCGAGCCGCCACCGGCGGCUCCGCGCGUGCAAGCGCGGCCUCGCGUCAGUCCCCUCCCUUCACCCCACCCAGUUGCAGGAUCGAUUCCCGGGGCAGGGCCGGGUUGGUGUAAGAUGGAGGGUCUGACGCUGACCGAGACGGAGCAGCGCUACUAUUGCGACCUCUUCGCCUACUGCGACACCGAGAGCACGAAGAAAGUAGCGUCCAACGGACGGGUCCUCGAGCUCUUCCGCGCCGCGCAGCUGCCCAACGAGGUAGUCAUGCAGAUCAUGGAACUUUGUGGUGCAACAAGGCUUGGUUACUUUGGAAGAAGUCAGUUCUACAUUGCUCUGAAACUAGUUGCAGUGGCUCAAUCUGGGCUCCCACUACGAAUGGAAAGCUUAAAUUCUGUCAAGGACCUCCCCCUGCCCCGAUUUGUCAUGCCAAAGAAUGAACAAGAAUCCAGGCAUUCAUCCUUGUAUUCUUCAGAUGCUGAUAAUCCAUCCUCCUAUUCAGGUGCAAUUCCUCCCCCACCAGGCAGAAUACAAGUUAAAAAAGGCUCUGUGAGCCAUGAUGUGGUCCAGCAACGUCCAGCAACAGAUCAACAGGAGUCCACAUCUCCAGUUGUUUCACCACAGCAAUCCCCACCAACUUCUCCACAUUCAUGGAGGAAGCACAGCCGCCAUCCCAGCGGAGGAAAUAAUGAGCGACCUCCUGCUGGACCAGGGCCUAUUUGGGCUCCCUUUAGUGAAGCACAACCAGGCUCCUGUAAUGCUGGUGAUCCGACGUGGUCUGGCCACUCACCACCACCGCAUCAAGAAAAUUGGGUCAGUUUUGCAGAUAACACACCAACCAGUACUAUUUUAGCCAUGCAUCCUGCUUCUGUCCAGGACCAGACAACAGUACGAACUGUAGCAUCAGCUACAACAACAAAUGAAAUUCGUAGGCAGUCGAGUAGUUACGAUGAUCCUUGGAAAAUAACGGAUGAACAAAGGCAGUAUUACAUAAAUCAGUUUAAAACCAUUCAGCCUGAUCUAAAUGGAUAUAUCCCAGGAUCUGCAGCUAAAGAAUUUUUUACAAAAUCAAAACUUCCUAUUCUUGAACUUUCGCACAUUUGGGAGCUGUCAGAUUUUGAUAAAGAUGGUGCAUUAACACUAGAUGAGUUCUGUGCUGCUUUCCAUCUAGUAGUUGCUAGGAAAAAUGGCUAUGACUUGCCUGAGAAAUUACCUGAAAGUUUAAUGCCUAAGCUGAUUGAUUUGGAAGACUCGGCAGUGGUUCCUGUUUCAGAAGCGGGGGAUCAGUCUGGUGAGGUAGGUUAUGCAAGUUCACCAGCAGAAGCACCUCCAAGCAAAUCGCCAUCAAUGCCAUCACUAAAUCAAACAUGGCCUGAACUGAAUCAAAGCAGCGAGCAGUGGGAGACAUUUAGUGAACGCUCUUCAAGCUCACAAACUCUGACCCAAUUUGAUUCUAACAUUGCACCAGCUGAUCCUGAUACUGCUAUUGUUCAUCCUGUUCCUAUUCGAAUGACUCCAAGCAAGAUUCACAUGCAAGAAAUGGAGCUGAAAAGAACUGGAAAUGAUCACACGAAUCCUACAAGUCCUUUACUUGUGAAGUCCCCUGAUCUUGCAGAAGAAAGUAAAAUGAGUUCAUCUGUAAAAUUUGUAGGGGGAAAUUCAGUUGAUGGUUACAGCAGCUCAGAUUCCUUUACUUCAGAUCCAGAACAUAUUGGAAGCACUGUAACUAGACAACGAUCACAUUCAGGGACAUCUCCAGAUAAUGCUGCUCCUCCCCCACCACCACCAAGGCCUCAUCCCUCGCACUCAAGAUCAUCAUCUUUAGACAUGAACAGGACCUUCACAAUUACUCCAGGUCAACAGCAGACUGGAGUGAUUGCCUAUCCCCCUGCAGUGCCUCCAAGACCUCAGCCUUCACAGGCUGGAGGUCAUGUUCAUCGCCCAGCAGAUGCUGAAGGUCUAAUAGCUCACACCAGUACCUCGCCUCAACAAAUACCAGAACAGCCAAACUUUGCAGAUUUUAGCCAUUUUGAAGUUUUUGCUGCGUCAGGUGUAAAUGAAGAAGAGGAUGAAGAAAUUGAGAAACAUCCAGAAGUUUUGCAGGUAGAAAAACCUUCUGAUUCUGCAGGACCUCUUAGAGUUGCCAAAUCAGAUGGAAGAAUUGAGGACAAAGCACCUUCUAGUACUCCUGCAAAUGCAGGAAAAGGCACUACACCUUUAGCACCACCACCAAAGCCUAUACGCAGAAGGCCCAAGUCAGAGGAUGAACUGAGACCUGAAGCUGAGGAGCAUACACAGAAAACAGGUGUCAUAGCUGCUGUUCUUGCUUCACAGCCAUCUAUUCCUAGAUCAGUGGGAAAGGACAAGAAGGCUAUUCAGGCAUCAAUUAGACGCAAUAAGGAGACCAAUACUGUUUUGGCCAGACUGAACAGUGAAUUACAGCAGCAAUUAAAGGAUGUUCUUGAAGAGAGAAUUUCACUGGAAGUUCAACUGGAACAGCUUCGACCCUUCUCUCACUUAUAAGCCAAUUGCCGUUAACUGUGAACUAAUUAACUCUGAAAGGGGAAAUUGGGUAAAAGGCCUGAUUAAAAACCCAUAUGUUCAGCUCAGUGCACUCUAACAUUUUCUGUGAUUGUUUUGUCCUCUGUCCACAGUUGUAUUUAAGUAACUUUUAUAAUUUUAAUACAAAGAAUGGAAUAAAUGUUUCCUUGAAUGUUCUAUAUAUUGGCACUGCCAACCUUCCCAUUUUCUUGGGAGGAUACAGUUUUUAAGUUGGAGCAAGGUUUGUACAACUUCAGUGGCCUAUAUCCCAAACUGGAAUUGAUUACCUAAUGGAUUUUCUAUAUUUCAUGUCAAAGAUCAUGGAUUAAAAACUUCCCAAAUAUCCAAAUGGAUAUCUACGUUGAACAAAGAAGCACAUGUAUUUAUCAUAAAUGCCUUUUACACAUCUUUUUUUCUGAUUGUGUAAGAGAAGGUUAACCAGCUGUGGUCAUCAAUUAUCUCCAAGCCACAUCUUGCAACCUUGCAAGUCAUCUGUAAUUUCAAACAGCCUACCCAUUUUGAGUAACCCUACUUAGUGCCACACAUUCUUUCACUUCCUUGCCAUACCAAAUAAAUUUGGUUGUCCUUUCCUGUUUAUGUAUUUUAUACGUGACCACAGCUUGACAGUUGUUGAAAAGUUUCCAUUCAUGACCCUGAAUUUGCAGCAUACACGUAAGUGCAUACCUUCUGUGAAAGGAUUGGGUGUUAAUCUGUUAUGCACAUUUCCGGAACACCACCUGUAGUUGCAUGCUUUGCACAUUUACCCUUAAAUAACUGACACAUCCACAAGACUUUACUGUAACACACUUUAUGGUCAAUAAAUGUGUCAGUACCUCAACACUUCUUUCCCAGCCCCUCACCCCCCAAACCUAUUUUUGUUCUUUAAAGGGUUGGGUUACCAUUUCCCCCAUGUCUCCAAGCCUUAUUCUUCUGGCUUGUAGACAGGCUUCAUUAUUAACACAGUUUCCUGAGUGUAUCCUGCUAUUCAGGUUGAUGUACUGUAUUAGGAUUUGUUGUAUAUUGUAUAAUACACACCUUUUGAUCUCAUAUGUAAAUUUGCAUUAAUGCUGACUAACAGCAGAUAUUCUAUUUAAUGGCUUAUUCUGGCUGUGGGAUCAUAGAUGUUAAAGUGCAUGGAUGUAUCUCAGCAGAAUCAGAACUAGCAAUUGUGUGAUUUUUACACCAAUAAAACAGCACAAUAUUUUAA